AUGGCUGCAGAAACGAGAAACGAACUUCCAACUAGACAGCGACGUCUAUCUACAAGUGUACCCGUCACAGACCUGCAAGGGCCUAUUGGACCUGGGUUUACCAGACCCAAGCACAAGCGUACUUUUACGGGCUAUGGUGCCGGUGAUAUUAAGAGUGUUGAGGCAUCUAUUCCUGAGAGUCAACGUGCUGUUUGGCAAAAGUAUACCGCUAAAGGCUUCUCGUGCCAAGAAGACUUUGAAAAGGACGUUGUUAGACAUGUUGAAACUACACUGGCGAGAAGCAUGUUUAACUGUGACGAAACUGCUGCCUAUGCGGCCGUAAGCUUAGCAUUUAGGGAUCGUCUGAUCACUGAGUGGAACCGUACACAACAGCGACAAACCUUUGCGGAUGGGAAAAGGAUUUAUUAUCUAAGUUUAGAGUUUUUGAUGGGCAGAACCCUGGACAAUGCUAUGUUAAAUGUCGGCUUGAAGGACGUUGCUACGAAGGGUUUAUCAAACCUGGGCUUCCGUAUUGAAGAUAUUAUCCAACAAGAGCAUGACGCAGCUCUUGGGAACGGCGGUCUUGGUAGGCUGGCUGCGUGUUUUCUCGAUUCGAUGGCUUCGCUCAAUUAUCCUGCUUGGGGUUAUGGCUUAAGAUAUCGAUAUGGUAUUUUUAAGCAAGAGAUUGUUGAUGGUUAUCAGGUGGAAGUGCCUGAUUAUUGGCUAGACUUUAAUCCCUGGGAGUUUCCGAGGCAUGACAUUGUUGUAGAUAUUCAAUUCUAUGGUCAUGUUAGGAAGUUUCAGGAUGCUCAAGGCAAGCAGCAGGCAGUCUGGGAAGAUGGUGAAAUCGUUAAAGCGGUUGCUUAUGAUUUUCCCAUCCCUGGAUUCGGUACAAAUGCUACGAACAAUCUUCGCCUUUGGUCUAGCAAAGCGGCGAGUGGCGAAUUUGAUUUCCAAAAGUUUAAUUGUGGAGACUACGAAAGCGCCGUCGCGGACCAGCAGCGUGCGGAAACCAUUAGUGCAGUGUUGUAUCCUAACGAUAACCUUGAUCGCGGCAAAGAGCUUCGUCUGAAGCAACAGUACUUCUGGGUUGCCGCUUCACUCUACGAUAUUGUUCGUCGGUUUAAGAAAACAAAGCGUGCAUGGCACGAAUUUCCUGAACAAGUUGCUAUACAGCUUAAUGAUACCCAUCCAACGCUUGCUAUUGUUGAACUCCAACGGAUUCUUCUUGACCUGGAAGGCCUCGAAUGGGACGAAGCAUGGGCAAUUGUGUCCAAGACUUUCGGAUACACAAAUCAUACAGUUCUCCCUGAAGCCUUGGAGAAGUGGUCAGUCCCGGCCUUCCAAAAUAUGCUUCCAAGACACCUUCAGAUCACGUACGAGAUAAAUCUUUACUUUCUCCAAAGUGUUGAGCGCAAGUUUCCUAAUGAUCGAGAUCUACUGAGUAGAGUAUCUAUUAUUGAGGAAUCACAGCCUAAAAUGAUUCGAAUGGCAUACUUAGCAAUUGUUGGGUCCCACAAAGUCAAUGGCGUUGCUGAACUCCAUUCGAAUCUAAUUAAAACAACAAUAUUCAAAGAUUUUGUAAAGAUAUUUGGGCCUGACAAGUUCACAAAUGUCACCAACGGUAUCACACCUAGGCGUUGGCUUCAUCAAGCCAACCCCCGGUUGUCCGAACUGCUUGCCAGUAAGCUUGGUGGAUUUGGAUUUUUGAAAGACCUUAAUCUUCUCAACGAUUUAGAGAAAUUUGCUUGUGAUAAAGAAUUUAAAAAAGAGUGGGCGGAGAUAAAGUAUGCUAAUAAAGUUCGUUUAGCUAAGCAUAUCAAGAAUACCCUUGAUGUUGUUGUCAACCCAUCUGCCCUUUUUGAUAUACAGGUUAAGAGAAUACAUGAAUAUAAACGCCAACAGCUGAAUAUUUUUGGUAUUAUUCACCGGUACCUGAUGAUUAAGUCAAUGAGUCCGGAAGAACGCAAGAAUCUCGUGCCCCGAGUAUCUAUCCUUGGCGGCAAAGCUGCACCCGGCUACUGGAUGGCUAAGACCAUUAUCCACCUUGUAAAUUGUGUCGGUGCUGUAGUCAAUAAAGACGAAGAUGUUGGGGAUCUAUUGAAAGUGGUCUUUCUUGAAGAUUAUAACGUUUCAAAGGCCGAGAUAAUUAUCCCAGCUAGCGACCUAAGUGAACAUAUUUCGACUGCAGGUACAGAAGCUAGUGGUACAUCCAACAUGAAGUUUGUGUUAAAUGGUGGCCUUAUUAUUGGUACUUGCGAUGGCGCCAAUAUUGAGAUAACGCGCGAGAUUGGCGAGAAUAAUAUUUUCCUCUUUGGAAAUCUAUCCGAGGAUGUAGAGGACCUUCGACAUAUGCACAACUACGGCACACAUACACUUGACCCUGAUCUUAGUAAGGUAUUUGAUUCGAUUAAGAGAGGAACCUUUGGGGAUGCAAGUUUAUUUAGUGCCUUAGUUGGCUCUGUUGAGGAUCAUGGUGAUUACUACCUGGUCUCGGAUGACUUUAGCAGCUAUAUCCAGACACAGGCACUAGUGGAUGAUGCGUAUAAGAAUCAAGACGAGUGGAUAACUAAAACUAUUAAUAGUGUUGCUAGAAUGGGGUUUUUCAGUAGCGACAGAUGUAUCAACGAGUACGCAGAGAGUAUUUGGAACAUAGAACCAUUAGCUCUAGAGGAUGCGCAGGCUUCGUAA